UUUCGACUCUUUGGGUCUCUCUUUUUCUUUUUCCUUUCCCUUCUUUUUUUUUACGUUUUCUUUCUCCCUUUGCUUUGUUGGGGACUUUUUCCUACCGUCGCAAAUGUCUGUUUAUAAUCACAGGCCCAUUGUUCCACCUACUCCAAGUAGACUCAUUGAGCUUCUUGAUGCCGUCAAGUCCGAAUUUGACCAGUUGGCCCAAGAAGCCAUGGUCUGCAAAUCUCAACGAGAUGAAUUUGAACACAAGAUGAAUAGCCAAAUUCAGGAAAUGAACCUCUUCCAGCAGAACCUUAUCGAUCUCGAAAGAAGUCAGCAGAUCAUCAAGAAACAAUAUGAGGAAGAAAUUGCCAGACUUCGUCAGCAAUUGGAUCAGCUUCAACACGGUGGUGCUCCUCCUCCCACCAGCAAUGCUCCCAUGUACAGCGGAUCGAAUGCAUAUCCUCAACCUGCGCCUCCCAUGUUGGAUUCCAAACCACCCGCUCAUCUAGCUGGUUAUCCUAGUGGUCCUCCACCACCUCCCACCUCGGCUCACCUUUCCAGCGCUCCUCCUCCCCAUCCUACUGCAGCAGGCACCCCUUACAUGAAUGGUAGUUCGCCGUUACCGACUGGCACACCUCCACCCCAAAUGACUUCUGGACGAGGAGGAAAUGAAUCUCUGAAACCCGUCGGUCCUGUGCCGACCGCCAAUCCUCCCUUGGCCGACUUUGAUCCGGAAAAUGUCCCUGCAAACAUGAAGGUCGAAGGACAAGAUUGGUUUGCUUUAUUCAAUCCAAAAGCACAGCGUUAUCUCAAGGUCGAUUUGCUUCACACAUUCGAGCAUGGUAGUGUGGUGUGCUGUGUUAAAUUUAGUGCCGAUGGUCGCUAUUUGGCAGCCGGUUGUAAUCAGGCGACAUAUGUGUAUGAUACUGUGACAGCCGUUCGUGUUGCUGUACUUCAAGAUGAAAACGCAGGCCGUGAUGGUGAUUUGUACAUUCGUUCUGUGAGCUUUAGUCCCGACGGCAAGCAUCUUGCUACUGGUGCUGAAGAUAAACAAAUUCGCAUUUGGGAUAUUGGCAAAAAACGGAUCCGACGCGUGUUACAAGGUCACGAGCAAGAUAUUUACUCUUUGGAAUUCAGUCGUGAUGGCCGAAUCCUGGUGUCCGGUUCCGGCGAUCGCACGGCAAGAAUUUGGGACUGGCAAGAUGGUCAAUGCAUGCAUGUGUUACGUAUCAAAGAUAUGGAUCAAAAGGAUCCUGGUGUGACCAGUGUCGCAAUCUCGCCUGAUGGUCGACUUGUGGCCGCCGGAAGUUUGGAUAAGGUCGUGCGUGUGUGGGAUGCCGUCACGGGUCAACCGUUGGAGCGCUUGGAUGGUCAUAAAGAUAGUGUCUACUCGGUGGCAUUUAUGCCCGAUGGCAAGACGCUUAUCAGUGGUAGCUUGGAUAAAACUCUCCGUAUGUGGGCAUUAGGGACACAUGAUCGUGCUUAUGCUGGUGACCGUGGAAAGAAUGCAUGCAAGCAAGUGUUUACAGGACACAAAGAUUUCGUGCUUUCUGUUGCCACCACACCUGAUGGCAAUUGGAUUGUCUCGGGUUCGAAAGACCGUGGUGUGCAAUUUUGGGAUCCUCGAACGGGACAGACUCAAUUCAUGUUACAAGGUCACAAAAAUUCGGUUAUUUCCGUCGCCACUAGCCCCGGCAGAAGCCCGAUGUUCGCCACCGGUUCAGGCGACAAUCGAGCACGUAUCUGGCGGUAUGAGUCCUUGGGACCCUAAAACAUCUAUUUCCAUUGCUCUGUUUUCUUGAAGAAAAUUUCUAUUCGUUUCUCAUCUCCUUUCCGUUAAUGUCGCUUUGUUUUGUCCGGAAAAAGAAAUAUCGUAAAUAUACAUUCCUCUUUUCUAUUAUCCAUGUUGUUCGUCGUUCGCUUUAUUGGUUUUUUUUUUUCUUCUCUUUACCUUUUUAUUCUUGCUCACUAAAAGAAAAAUGAAAAAAAUUUAACUUUCAACCUUGC